AUGCCCAGCACAGGUCAUCCCUGGCUCCCCGAUCCCGCGGUCCGGCUCAGGCCGGGCAAGACAUACAACUACGUCGACUGCGACAAGAUGCAGGACUUUCCCGGCGGCGACCCUUUCGCCGGGCUCGACACCACCGCCACGGACAGUCUGUCGGGAUCCAUCAUCGCCUGCGCCGUCGUCUCCUUUGUGGUAUCCGGUCUGAUGGUGGGCUUGCGCUUCUAUUCCAGAGGCGUUGUGACCCGGGUCCUUGGACGUGAGGAUUGGUGUAUCCUCGUGGCAUGGCUUCUUGUCAUCGGCUUCACCGUCACCACUAUUCUCCAAGCCAGCGUUGCCAGUGGUCGCCAUAUAUGGACCCUCAAAGAGGGUGCCAUGCCUAAAUACUUGCUCUACUCCUUCAUCAACGUCAUCUUCUACCAGCUCAGCCUGUGCUUUUCCAAAAUCUCCAUUCUCUUCCUUUACAUCCGCGUCCUCACCUACAACUACGCCCGCCGCGCCGCCUACAUCCUCCUCGCCAUCGUCAUCAUCUACAACACCCUCGGCUUCAUCUCCUCCAUGACCCUCUGCCGGCCGCUCCGCGCCUACUGGGACUUCACCAUCACCGAGAAGAAGUGCCACCCCGUCUCCUUCAUGUGGGCCGCCAUCGGUCUCCACAUCGGCACCGACUUCCUCAUCUUCCUGCUGCCCAUGCCCGUGAUACUGGGCAUGAACCUGCCUCGCGGCCAAAAGAUCGGCUUGGUUGUCGUCUUCGCCUUGGGUUUCUUCGUUUGCUUCAUCUCCAUCCUCCGCGCCGUCUGGAUCCACGGCCUCUUCGACGCGAUAGAUUCCACGUACGACUUUACCGCCAUCACCAACUGGACCGUAGUCGAAGUCAACACCGCCAUCGCCAUUCCCUGCCUCCUCGUCCUCAAACCUCUCCUCAACAAGAUCCUACCUCGGUUCUUCUCGGCCUCCGGCCCCCACCGCAAUCAAGUCUACAACCUCGACGAGCACCCUGCCGGCUCCGGGAGCACGCCACGCCCGAAUCGCGGGGAUGAAAGCGCGCAUGAGGCGGGCUACGCAUCUAUCCAAUCCGCCAAGUCAUCGUUUCUCGCCGAUGACCGCGGCAACGCGGAGAGAAAACAUCCGAGCUCCGACAUUGUGUGA